CCCCCGCCACCUCCUCGCGCGGCGCGCCGAGGUGGCGGGUAGCGAGGCCUAGGUGCCGUUGCGUGCCACCUACUACAACAUCCUCCACGCCCCCGCUUUUCCGCCCCCGGACCCAAGCACGGGUCGGCGAAAACAAGUACACACAUCAUCCCUCGCACGGCCAGGCCCAGCCGGACCUGACCUGACCUGACCGGAGCGAGCUUCGGACGACGGAGGAGCGAGCGAGCGGCGACGCCAUUGCGGUGGCGGGGCGGGAGGAUGGGCGGCGGCAGCCUGGCCAUCGUGGAGAAGAAGCCGCCUUUCGGGGGCGGGGGCGCGGGGGGCUGCGCCGGCGGCGUGCUGUUCCACCUCCUCGACUGGCACCGCCGGCUCGCGCGCAAGCGCCGCCUCUUCUCCCCGCGCCGCCUGCUGCCCUCCGCCGUCCGCAGCUCCUCGCUCCGCAGGCUCGCGCCGCCGCCGCCGCCCUCUCCGGCGGCCCCGCAGCCCCCUCGUCACGCGCCGAGCGCGGCCGCCGGAACCGAUGGCAAAGACGCUGCCGCCCCUCCCGGCGUCGUCGCGCGCCUCAUGGGCCUCGAGUCCUGGCCCGCCGCGCCGCCCAGGCCGCAGAAGCAGAGGAAGGUGGAGUCGACGGCGUCGGCCGGGGGAGGAGACAGUGAGCCGGCGCCGGUGGUGGUGAUGCUGCCGCCGAGCCGGCGCCCGCCCGCGCCCGGGUCGCCCACGCACGCGCCGCGGAGCCACCACAGCGCCGACCUGCCGGCGAGGAGCCCCAGGCGGAGCCGGCUCGUGCACGCCGCCGCCUCGAGGCUGCUGGAGCCGGGCGCGCGCGCGAGCCCCAGGCUGCAGGCCAUCGCGUACGCCUGCUCCUCGCCGCAGCACCGCGGCCACCCCGGCGCCUCGCAGCAGAGCUGGGGCACGCUCGAGCUCGACGACUUCCUGUCUCGCUCCGAUAGCCUGUCGUUAGAGCGUCGCGCGCCUCCUCCACCGGAGCUGGAUGCAGAUCAACGGGGCAAUGCCGUCUGCUGGCAGGAGACAGACUCCAUGAACACCAUGAGCGGCACUGCUGCUGCAGGCUCGGUGACAAGCACUAGUCAUACCAUUGUGGUGCCAAGAGUGGAGUCCUACGAUGCACACAUGAGUAGAGGCAGCAGCUCUGAUGUGGAUGCAAUGCAAAGAGAUUAUAGGGCAAGAACUGGGGGAAUGGGCAGUUAUCCUGGGGUCAGAUCGAGCGAUGCCGGUGCCGGUGCCGGCGCAAGAACUGGUGAACAGAGGAUGUUGCGCAAACGGGGAGCCUUGUCUAGGCCAGAUGUUCCAAGGAGGGCUGUGUCUGGGAACUUGGCUAGUUCAACGCGGUCGAUCGGCAAUGCUCGUGAAUCGGCACCUGCUGGUAGUAGGAGAGCAGCACACAAUUCUGGCAGUAGUAGUAUGAGGGCACCACAAAAUUCUGGUCCGAGGAGGGAGUCGAUGAGUUCGACCACCCGGCAAAGAAGCACACUAAGAGACGUGAUCGACCGAAAUGGGUCAGCGUCCACAAGUAGGGAUACAAGCAAUGCAUCUGGGCAGAGGAGAGGAUCACGCAAGAAAAUCGACCGCAGUACCGCAGCCAGUAACAGAGGAGGUCGUAACACAGUUGCAUUUGCCUCUAGUUCAUCCGCGAGACCGGUGUCCAGGGCUUCAUCGGACGACGGCAAAGUUUCAGAGCAUAGAGGGCUCCGAGGCACACACCCCGAUACCGGUUGCACAAGAACGCCAUUGGUAGAUGCCAAAUGUUCUGAAGCCGAACCUUGUGCCGUGAGCGCCACGUCUGAGAAAGAGGAAUUUAGGAGACUCCUGAAAGCAAAGGUGACCGAGCUUGGCCUGUCUGAUAGGGUUGAACCAGGUGAUGGUUGUUCGGCAAACUUGACUGUGUCGGUGCUCCAAGAGCUCAUUUCUGCCCUUACUAAUGACACAAACACCUCAGCAUCCCAGAGUAGUAACUAUUCGGAUUCAUCAGCUCCUUUGAAUAAUGCCGAGACUGUAUAUGAUUCCAAUGAUCAAUCACCUGAUUUUCGCAAGCGUUAUCAGGGUGACCAAGGGGCCGAUUCUUCCGCUACAUGCACAAACGAUGAGCCCAAUCAGCCGAGCCCGACAUCAGUCCUCGAAGCAUGCUUCUCAAACGAUGCUUCCUCCUCAGGAAGUCCAACUGAAAAGAUCGAGAGUACAGAAUUCUUUAUUUCAAUGGAGAACAAAAUGGAAGAUCUCUUCAAUCUUGAGUCUGACAUUGUUGACUUGUCCAUGUCCAUCGACACAACAAAGACUGAUGAUCAUGUCAGCAAUGCUGAAAUACCAUGUGUUCAAAGCUCUCCAGAGCAUGAUUUUGAAUUCCUAGAAGGCAGGCUCCACAGCAUUGGAGAGGCCAUUGCGAAUGCCGAGCUGCUUCUGGACAGUAGCCUCUUCUGUGGCACACCGUCAAGCCUAUCACUCCAUUCUUUCAUCGUCGAGAUGCUGGAGACCGUCGAAGCCGUCUUCGGCGUUGGAACGGAGGGCAGCUUCGGCUUCAAGGAAGAAAACAACUGCCAGCGCACCAACUUUCUGUUCGACUGCAUUGUCGAAUCGCUGGACUCGAAGUUCCGCGAUUUCGGGAAAUGCGGGUACAAGGCUUUGUUGCGAAUGCCCCUCACCCUGAGCAAGGACCUGCUGAAGAGGGAGAUAUCCGAAGAGAUCGGCAACUGGAGCGAGAUCUCGUCGGACCAGGCCGCCGAGAAGGAGCUUGACCAGGUGGCGGCGGCGAGGUGGGACGCGUGCCGGACCGAGGCGUUCGACAUCAGCGUCGCCAUCGAGGACGACAUACUCGAGGCCCUCGUCGGUGAGUUCGCCUUGGACCAAUGCUGCUACUGAAAGUGUGGAAGUUUACUGGUUGACAUGGCAUUGGUCAGGCAUGAGAAACACUUUGCAGAUAUGUACUCUAUUUCUCCUCCGAAGAUGUUGUACAGCGUCAUGUAGUCAUAUGGACGCCCCCCACCCCGGUUAUUUUCCCUUUUGUGUACUACUGGCUAACUGAAACGUGCUAAGUGUAUGCACUGUUUUUUUUUUUAACCUUCAGAGGCAUUUCCUGCUGUUUCACUGAAUAAUGCCAAGGACUAGCAAGCUUUUAUGGUACGGUUGUAGUACAUCAUGUUUUCUCUUCA